ACAUAGGAGCUUACUCCGGGGCAUAACUAUGUCGAUUUCUGAACUGCAAGCGAUUCCUUCGGACGCAUAGCUUGUUAGUUGAGGGGCAGCUUAGAGCUCUAGCUGUGGGGUCCACUGGGGCUUUCCAGAACCAUUGAUUGAUCUUCAGACCAAAGCGAGGAUAUUCGUGAUUGAACCAUCCCUGCUAUUUUACGCUCCGCCGACUCGCCUCAAGAGGCUUAGAAAGCGGUCCUCUUGAACGUCAAGAUGGCUCUUACGCGAUCCAAUCAACCCCUCGUUUGGAUCGACUGCGAGAUGACGGGCCUCGACCCCGAAACGGACCAUAUCCUCCAAAUUAGCUGCUUUCUCACCGAUGCUGACCUCAACCUCCUCGAGCCCGAGGGCUUCCAUGUCACGGUACACCAACCGCAGUAUAUUCUCUCGUCCAUGAGCUCCUGGUGUGUAUCAACGCACGGACGCUCAGGCCUCACUGCUGCUGUCCUUGAUUCAACUACCACUCCAUCCGAAGCCGCCAGUGCGUUGCUCGCGUAUAUACAAAAGUACAUCCCUGAAAGCCGCACGGCAUUGCUCGCAGGAAAUAGUGUCCACGCAGACCGGGCGUUUCUAGCGCGAAAGCCAUAUAAAACGGUAGUAGAUUGGUUGCAUUAUAGGAUUCUAGAUGUGAGUAGCGUGAAAGAAGCAGCGAGGAGGUGGGCAAAUGAUGAGGUAUUGCGCAAUGCGCCUGAGAAAAAAGGAGCGCAUUUAGCCAAAGAUGAUAUCCUGGAGAGUAUAGAGGAGAUGAAAUUUUACAGAGAUCGGAUUUUCCGCGGAACAGGUUAAUAACAUUAUCUAUACAAUCCCUUUUAUUGAUUCUGAGGGCAUAGAAAAACUUUUGAAGACGC